GGGACGAGAACGAGACGACUGAACAGCAAGAAUCUGAAUGCGGUAAGCGCCGCGAAUCACAUUCCGCAGCCGCAUUGCACAAACUGGAUACAUGUAAGGCUGGAAUUUUGUUCCGCUCACAGAUCUUGAUGCGGACGAGUAUUAGGCUGCUUAUUCAAGAGCGGCUUCCGGAACUGAAUGUUAAUCCAGUGCUACAAUUCGUAGCAGCACAAGCUAUACGGGGAACUUCCAGUCAACAAGAAACUGAAGCUAGAGUUUCAUCAUCAUCACUAACUCCAAAUCUUACCGUCAACGACUUCCAUGUCGCGGGGUUUCGUCUCCUGAAGUCUUUCGUUCACAGAUUUUUAGCUCGUCCACGAGGAAAGCAGUCGCGCCUAGCGGUGCCCAUACCUGCCAAAAUUGGCUUUUUGCAGAGCGAAGAUGGACGCGGCACGCGAUGCGUCGAGAUCUCAGUUCGAAGUUGCCGCAAACACACAUCUUGUUCCCUUGACGAGCAUAAGCCCGCCUGGCUAAAGCACGAUAAAUCGGUCAAUGCGAGGAUUUACUUUCCUGGAGGACGUCGUGGGGAGCGCGUUCUAGUGGAAUGCAUGAAACUCGGCGAACAUUCUUUUGUGGUGCAAAUGUGCGACUACGAGUUUCCUGCUAUUACUCGAGUUCGCGUCGCGCUUUCUCCAUACUAUUCGACGAACGGCAUCGACCGAAGCGAUGCUAUUUCUAGCCAUGAAACUAAAUCAAGCAAAGAUUUUUUCCACUCGCCUGACGAUGUCACAACUGGAGAAAACAUAAAUUGUGCUUCCGGUGAUUCCCCUUCGCGGACGGCGACGGAUCCCAGUGCUGAGUUGCGUUUCGCAGUGUCUCGUAGUGAAGAAGACCAUGCCUGGUUUAGUGCUAAAGCUGAGC